AUGGAACGAGGAACGAGGAAAGGGAAAAACCACCAGCAGAUCCACAAAUUUUCCCAGGCAAGGGGUGGCAUCGGCGGUGGGGCUGGCGUGCGAGCCUCACUUGUAUUGUCCCCAAGAGACUCGCUGACAAAUGGCGUGGGUUCUGAGGACUCAUAUGGGAAAACUCGGGGAUUUCUUGAUGGGAUUUUGAACGCUGGGAUUAAUGUGAAGGAAGGUGGAGGAAGGGGUGCGGCAGGAGCCAACGGGCUGCGGCGCCGGGGACGCCAGACCUACACGCGGUACCAGACCCUCGAGCUGGAGAAGGAGUUCCACACAAACCAUUACUUAACUCGCCGGAGAAGAAUAGAGAUGGCGCACGCCCUGUGCCUGACCGAGCGACAGAUCAAGAUUUGGUUCCAGAACCGGAGGAUGAAGCUGAAGAAGGAGAUCCAGGCGAUUAAGGAGCUUAACGAGCAAGAGAAGCAAGCGCAGAGCCAGAAGAUGGCUCAGCAACAACAGAGCGCCAACAAUGCCCAGUCCAUGACCUCCAGCCAGGGAGCGGGAGGGGGGGCUGGCGCGGACCAGAACCCUCCAAACCCCACGCAAAACUAACGACACAAUUUCAUCUAUAAGCUAGUUUUAAGGAAACUUUGCCGCAUGCGGACGUGAGGACGGAACAAAGACUGCAAAGCUACCAUCGGCGGAGUCUUUUCCGCAGGCCGCCGGCGCCGCCGCCGCCGCUAAGAGCGCCUCUGACGUCACGGGACCUGCGGUGGCCACGCCAUUUCCCAGACCGCAAAUUCCGCAGUUUGGGACUUGCGUGAUCCAACCCUAAGCCUAAACCCACCAGAGACUCCUGGUAUACCCACCUGCACACCCGAUACUCCGCGAAAUCCUCCGAAAGCGGGUUAUCUCGUGCUGUGCGGGUUGGCGGCGAGGAGGAUCUCACGACAGUGCUCUGCAGGGAAGUACGAGGAACAAGCGCUUACAGGAGGAGCCACAGAUAGGCCGUCACUGGACCGAAUAUCGGGGCCGCAGUUCUAUGUUCAAAUUACCAAUGACAACUCACAAUGGUCGGCCUGAAAAUGUGUGGGCUCCAGUGAGGCUCUCUGGAGGCAGGAAGUAUACCAUUUGCUUUUCGGGCAAACAAAUUCAUCAGGGUUUCUGGGUUGCCCUGCUGGAGUUACUGUCAUAUUCACAUUGUAUCCUGGUAAUUUUAGCCAUGCCUGUGUAUACGUAUUUGCUAUAAGUGUUUGUGUUAUCUCUAAAUAACGGUUUUUCUUGUCUGUGUAAUAGCCUAGACGUAAAGGAUAAAGUAAAAAUGAAGAAAGCUCUCCAGCUUUUCUAAAUGUAUGUGUCCGUGUAUUUAAGAAAAGUAAAAAAGUUUUUUUUUCAGAAAAUUAAAAAACGAAAAAAUAUAAAAAUAAAAAAUAUAUAAGGUUCUGGAGAGAUUUUACAAGCUAAAUCCUAAGUCAGUCAGAUCUGUCAUUUCAGUACUACCAAUGAUUUGUAGGAAAACAAUGAUUUGUAAGCUGAUGUUAAAACAGUUCUUUAGGGAAGAAAUCCACUGACCAUUUAGCAGUUGAGAUCAUAAUAUUUAUGUAGUAGCGUUAAAUAAAAAUAUCAAUCAUGAAAAUCA